AAGAAGGAACCUCGACGACAUUAGUAGUGGACACUGCCGAAACACUACACUUGAAGUUUUAAUCAAUUCUAACUUCAGAAAAUCCAGGAUAGGACAACAAAGAGAUAUAUAAGCUCUAAUACAUCAAUAUACCGAGAUGGAGAUUCCUAGCCAAGAAAUUCAUAUCAAGAUUGAUAACCCAAGAUCAAGUAACAACAAGAGAAAGAGAAAGACUAGCCUCGCUGAUGCGGAACCCAUUGUCUUGAUGUCAGUUUUGAGUAGUCUCCAUGCAGGCUAUUUCAGAAUAAGCCUUUCUCUAUGUAGCCAAGCAUUGCUAUGGAAGAUAAUGGUCCAUUCCCAUAGCGAACUACCGUCUAUGGCGUACUAUAUCCUGUGGUACUUAGCACUUAUAACGCAAGUAUCACUCUGUUUUUUGUAUGCCUUCAAGUGUAUUUUCUUAUUUCACUUGGUGAAGGAGGAGUUCGUGCAUUAUAUUGGAGUAAACUAUCUUUAUGCUCCAUCCAUUUCAUGCCUUUUACUGCUUCAAUCAGCUCCUAUGAUAGAACCACACAACGUUUUGUAUCAGACACUAUUCUGGAUCUUUGCUGUUCCAGUAUUGACCCUAGACACAAAGCUUUAUGGCCAAUGGUUCACAACAGAGAAAAGGUUUUUGUCGAUAAUGGCAAACCCGGCAAGCCAAGUAUCGGUAAUCGCAAACCUAGUGGCUGCGCGAGGAGCAGCAGAGAUGGGUUGGAAAGAGUGUGCUCUAUGCUUGUUCUCACUAGGAAUGGUUCACUAUUUGGUUAUCUUUGUCACACUCUAUCAACGCUUACCAGGCGGAAACAACUUCCCAACCACGUUGAGACCUGUUUUUUUCUUGUUUUUCGCGGCACCAGCCACUGCUAGUCUAGCUUGGAACUCUAUUUGUGGAACCUUUGACACUAUAGCGAAGAUGUUGUUCUUUCUUUCUCUCUUCAUCUUCAUAUCCCUAGUCUGUAGGCCAAAUCUUAUAAAGAAGUCGAUAAAAAGAUUCAAUGUCGCGUGGUGGGCUUACUCGUUCCCUCUCACCUUUCUCGCUUUAGACUCGGUUCAGUAUGCACAAGAGGUGAACGAACAUGUCGCUUCGGUCUUGAUGUUUAUAAUCUCAUCCAUCUCAGUUUUGAUCUUCUUCGGUGUGAUGUUACUGACAGCAGCAAACAGUAAAAGAUUACUCAGACGUGAUCCUGUUCUCUGGUCUGCUACUGGUCCAAAAGACAAAUAAAGAUCGUAUGCUAAAGCUAGUCUUAACCACAAAUGAAUGUAACAUAUGUA